AAUAGGUUAUGUAUUUGUUUGCUUUCGUGUUUGUUACAACAAUAAACUAAAAAUGUGCGAGCUUAAUUCAGCAAGUUUUACAUCUAAGCAAAUAAAACUGAUAAGAAAGUAUUUGAAGCUGAGAUUAAUGGAGGAUAAUGUUUCAUUCCGCGGUCACGAACAAGAAUGGAACCAUGUUUACGAUUUAAUGAAAAGAACGGUUUUGCAAGGAGAAUCUCACUCUGCUUUGUUAAUAGGACCUAGAGGCAGUGGGAAGACUACCUUAGUAAACUCAGUUCUGCAUCAACUCGGUAAAGAAGCUGACCUAGCCAAUGAUGCCAUUAUUGUGAAGCUGAACGGCAACUUGCACUAUGAUGAUAAGGUGGCACUGAAGUCCAUUACAGCUCAGAUGCAGCUAGAAAAUGCAGUAGGCGACCGAGUCUUCGGCACAUUCGCUGAGAACCUCUCAUUCCUCCUCUCCUGUCUCAAAGCUGCCGAUAGCCACAGCAAGAGUAUGAUCUUCAUCCUUGAGGAGUUCCAUGCAUUCUGCCAUUCGGCGCGGACUCAGACAUUGUUGUAUAACUUGUUUGAUAUAACGCAUGCGAGGCAGGCUCCUAUGUGUGUGCUAGGCAUAACAAACCGCCUAGACGUAAUGGAGACGCUAGAGAAGCGAGUGAAGUCCCGUUUCUCCCACCGCCACAUAUUCAUAUUCCCCGGCGAGGGCGCCAACCCGCACCAGAAGCUCUUGGGGGAGUUGGUCGAACUGCUCUCUGUUCCUGUCGAGAAAGUGGAGAGGAAACGGGGGAGGAAGAAGAGUGUCGCUGCUGAACCAAUGGACACAGACACCCAAAGUUCCAUACCCAUAGAAGUAUUAAACCGUUGCAAAGUGGACCCCAAACAGUUUUCGAACUUAGACCCAAGUUUCGUGGAAGAUUGGAACGCUCAUAUACUAGCGUUGAAAGAGGAGGACAGAGUGAUCGACGCAAUUGAAAAGUUAACCUAUUAUACUAACAAUGAGCAGAUCUUUAAGGAUAUUUUGUUUCAAAUAGUCUGCACCCUAUCUCCAAGUAAGCCCUACAUCGACGCCACAGACCUAAUAUCGACCAUAGACAAAACUGUAGCGCCAGAGCAUAAAGUGAAACUUAUACAGUCCCUCUCUAUACUGGAGUUGUCUCUGGUCAUCGCUAUGAAGCAUGGUAUGGAUAUAUUCGAUGGACAGCCUAUGAAUUUUGAAAUGGUCUUACAUAGAUACACAAAAUUCGCCGCAUCCAACUCAUCCACCCAAACCGUACCCAGACCCGUCAUACUAAAAGCCUUCGAACAUCUCCAGGCGUUAGAACUCCUCGUCCCAGUUCGCAGUUCCGAAUACGCCUCCAACGAAACGACCGCCAGUCGAGUACAGAAGGAAUACCAGCUGUUCACAUUAGCAGCGGAAGGGUUGAAUGAAGCAGUGACAGGGUUUAAGGCGCUGCCGACUGAGAUAAGUCAUUGGCUUAACAGUGGCGAUCUGUAAGCUCGCUCGUGAUGCUUUUUCAUCCCUCGAUGUUGAAAUGAUAGACUUAAUUACGCUUAGGAUAGGAUAAUAUAUAAUUUAAGUGUAUUUAGCUAUGAUUAUUGUAAUGUUAAUAUUUUUAACUAUUUAUUCUGGCAAUUUUUCCCGGUCCCGGUCCCGGGUUCGAAUCCCGGUAAGGGCAUUUAUUUGUGUGAUGA